UUGAUAUAAAAAUUCCAAAAAUUCCGCAAUAGGGAAGUUCUUCUCUCUUCCAUGGCUCUGUUUUUCACCCUUGUUGGUGUUUUUGCCAUCUUCUGGUUUACAUGGAUGUACCUCAAGUCCAAGGGGAGUCCGCCAUCUCCACCGGGCCCUCGAGGCCUUCCCUUAGUGGGAAGCCUUCCCUUCCUCCGUCCUGACCUCCACUCCUACUUCGCUGAACUGGCUCGCAACUACGGCCCAGUUGUCAAACUCCAGCUUGGGAGCAAGCUGGGGAUCCUCGUCACCUCCCCUUCGGCGGCACGAGAAGUGCUUAAAGACCAAGACAUCGUCUUCUCCAACCGUGAUGUGCCUAUGACUGCCAUGGUUUUAACCGGCGGCCGUGAUAUAGCUUGGAACCCCUAUGGUCCUGAAUGGAGGAUGUUAAGAAAAGUAUGCGUCAUCAAGAUGCUUAGCAAUGCUACUUUGGACAAAACAUAUGAGCUUCGCCGUAGAGAAGUACGGCAAACCGUGGGUUAUUUGUAUAGCAAGGCCGGAUCGCCGGUAAACGUGGGAGAGCAAAUGUUUUUAACGAUAUUGAAUGUGGUGACCAGUAUGUUAUGGGGCGGCACCGUCGAGGGGGAGGCGAGGGCGAGCCUUGGUGCAGAGUUCAGGCAGGUCAUCUCGGAAACAACUGAGCUUUUGGGUAUGCCCAAUAUUUCUGACUUUUUUCCAACGCUGGCCCCGCUUGAUUUGCAAGGUGCAGUGAAACGUAUGAAAAAACCAAUGGAUAAGUUGAACACCAUCAUUGAAAACAUAAUCGAUCAAAGGUUGAAGAAGGAGAGGGAAAGUGGGAGCAGUUCAGCACUGGAAUUCAAGGACUUUGUUCAGUUCCUAUUACAAUUGAAGGAUGACGAAGAUUCCAAGACCCCAUUGACUAUGGAUCAUAUCAAGGCCUUGCUCCUGGAUAUGGUGGUGGGAGGAUCAGACUCAAACUCAAUUGAGUUCGUAAUGGCUGAAAUCAUCAACAAACCAGAAGUGAUGAGAAGAGCACAGCAAGAACUGGUUGAAGUAGUGGGCAAAGAUAACUUGGUGGAAGAAUCCCACAUUCACAAACUGCCAUAUCUACUGGCAAUAAUGAAAGAGUCGUUGCGUUUGCACCCAGCUCUACCUCUCCUAAUCCCUCAUUGCCCCAGUGAAUCCUGCACCGUCGGUGGUUACAGUAUCCCGAAGGGUUCGAGGGUGUUCGUGAAUGCAUGGGCAAUUCACAGGGACCCCUCGAUCUGGGACAAUCCAUCGGAGUUCAACCCUGAGAGGUUUUUGAAUAGCCGGUGGGAUUUUAGUGGGAACGAUUUCAGUUAUUUUCCUUUUGGGUCAGGCAGAAGAAUCUGUGCCGGAAUCGCGAUGGCUGAGAGGAUGGUGUUGUAUUCGGUUGCCACACUGUUGCAUUCUUUUGACUGGAAAGUGCCAGAAGGUAACAACUUAGAUCUUACUGAGAAGUUUGGGAUCGUCUUGAAGUUAGAGAAACCACUUGUGGCAAUCCCAGCACCAAGAUUAUCGGAUGCCACUUUUUAUGAAUAACUCAGUUUAGACCUACUUCUACACCUUUGUUUGUACUAAUAAAACUAUUAUUUACUCAUAUGGGUCAAUUAAUAGCAUGAAAAUA